AUGAAUACAAGAGCUUUUGUAGUGUGGUGUGUUUUAUUAGCGGCUGUUUUAGCCGCCACGGCGGUUGCUUCCGUCGAUGAUGCAAAACAAGCUGGUGCAAACCAAGUAGACGAGUCAAAGUCAUCAUGUAAGUUUGGGAAAUGUGAACAUGGUGGAGAGAUUUCUUUCGAAGAAGCACAUAACGCUAGGAAUGAGCUCAACCAAGGUAUAGGUGGUGUCGAUGAAGUCAUUGGCGGGAACGAGGAUGAAUCCAAAUAUAACCAAGGUGGACAAAAGGGCGGUGGAGGCCAAGGUGGACAGAAGGGAGGCGGAGGAGGUGGCCAAGGGGGACAUAAGGGAGGAGGUGGCCAAGGAAAACAGAAGGGAGGAGGUGGGCAAGGUGGACAGAAGGGAGGCGGAGGAGGUGGCCAAGGAGGACACAAGGUGGUGUGA